AUGGCGGUCAUCACCCCAUUCAGAGACAUCGACGUCAACCAGAUCCAGAUCUCGGAACCGAAGCGGAAUGCGUCCGGCGGUCUCCUGGCCAACGUGACCUACGGCCGGGGCGGUGGGCCUCUCAUCUUCAAGUCGCCCAAGAUGCCGUGCCCCUUCGGCAUCUCGGAAUUCACCGACAAGGACAAGAACGUCGGCACGAAGUGGAGCCUGAGCCUAUCCUUCCGCCACAAGGAGACCAAUCAGGACGUGGCCGACUUCUACGACAAGAUGGAGGAGAUCAACGAGAGGAUGAUCGACCUGCUCCACCAGAGCUGCGCGCUGUGGUUCCCCACCAAGAACUACUCCCGAGAGUUCGUCGGCGAGCUCUUCAGGCCGCUCAUCACGCCCUCCAAGAAGGCGGAGUACGCUCCCACCCUCCACCUCAAGAUCACGGAGCGCGUGAUGACCCAGAAGGACGGAAGCAAGACCAGGGAGCUCUCGGACGUCUUCAACACCAGGAAGGAGCGUAUAGACGCCCGCGACGUCGCCAAGGGGGACUCCGUCAUCGCUCUCAUCACCCCCGGCACGGUGUACCUCGCCGGCAAGAAUGUGGGCAUGACCCUGAAGAUGCAGCAGGCGGUCCGCUUCCCCUCGACCAACAUCAGGGGCUGCGUCAUCGACGUGAGCGAGAGCCCCUCGGCCCCGUCUGCUCCGGGCGGCGACGACGAUGCGAUGGACGACGCGACGAGCCCGGCGGCGGAGGACGUGCAGUACGAGGAAGGGGAGAUUGCGCCGCAAGAGGAGACCUCUAACGACCGAGAACACAAGCUCGCGCAGAUCAAUGUGGUCCCGCGUUGGCUGCGAUCGGACGCCGAUGAGAUGGCGCGAGUGUUGCGAGAUCUGGAGGAGCUCCCCGGGGCUAUCCGGCGCGCCAAGCAGGAGGGCAUCGCAUCCCGCGUGAUCGUCGUCGUAGAUGGCGCUAACAUCCUCUCGUACUUCGACGAAGCGAAGGUCAUCUUGGAUGCGCUGAUGGAUAGGCACGCAGACGAGGCCUUGGUCGACAAGGUGAUCGUCACGAAUGCGAACGCAGAGACUAAGCUGCAGUUCAAGCUCUUCGCGGCCGCCACGCCGUCCCUACGCGAAGCGUGCGCGAAGAUAACAUUCGUUUCGUGA